AUGGAGGCUCUCCGUGGCACCAGACAGGAGGGGGCGCUGCCUUGGUCACAUGGGCUGUUGCUGGCUACGCCUCCGCACUCGCCGAGGAGACUGUCUUCACAUUCCCAGGCGCCACCGGGAGCAGCUGUCGCCGCCAAGUCCCUGCCAGGACUUUUGCUCCAGGACUCGGACGGGCAGGCGCACGCCGCACAGGACGUGGACCUCCUCGCAGCGAGCGAGCCGUUCCUCGACCACGCGAAGAUCGCAGCGAUGCAGCGCCACCUGAGCGCGGCGAGCGCACACAUCGAAAAACUGCUGGUGGCUCGCGGCGCGGACGCGAGCGCCGAGGGUCCGCCGGCCUGUGCUUCCGCCGCACCGCUCUCUGGGGCCAUUCAGCCGCAGUCCUCCGACCGCGCCGGCGUUGCGGGCAAAUCCGAUUUCCUAUUCCUCUUCUUGUAUUGCUCUCUCUCUCUCUCUCUCCCUCUCCUAGUUCGAAUUUGCAGGUAA